CCCCAAUUCAUCUAGCGGCGUUCUGAGCGCGACCCAAAUCCGCUCAUUUUCUAGGGUUUAAGCGUUCUAGGGUUUCUAGUUCCCGCCAUGGCGAAGCCCGGUCGAGGCCGGAGCCCUUCGGUCUCCGGAUCUGGCUCAUCUUCGAGGUCUCGCUCCAGCUCGCGCUCCGAUUCUCGCUCUCGAUCUCGUUCUCUUUCGCGAUCUCGAUCCAAGUCUUUCACUUCGUCUUCGUCUCCUUCUCGAAGCGGGAGCUCUCGGAGCCGAUCGCCUCCACCUCAGAGAAGAAGUCCAAUUGGCGCUGUCAGGAGAGCUCGGUCCCCAUCACCAGCACCCAAAAGAGCUUCACCACCGAGGAAAAAAUCUCCAGUUGUCGAGUCUGGUGUUCUUUGCAUUGAAUAUCUAUCUAGGAACGUCAAUGAAGGACAUUUGAAAGAAAUAUUUAAUAAUUUUGGUGAAGUUGUCAAUGCGGAGCUGGCAAUGAACAGAAAUGUCAAUCUUCCUCUAGGGCAUGGAUAUGUCACGUUCAAGAAGAGAGCUGAUGCUGAAAAAGCCCGUCUUUACAUGGAUGGUGGUCAAAUUGAUGGCACUGUGGUCGGAGUUAAAUUUACAUUACCACAACGCCCAAGGGUUUCUCCCCCUCCAAAGGCAGUACCUGUGGCUCCAAAAAGAGAAGCCCCUCCAAGGGAUAAAGUUGGCAUUGAUGUUGAAAAGGAAACCCAGCAGCGACCGAGGGACCCAUCACCACGCCGUAAACCAGCAUCACCUUCUCGAAGGCGAUCCCCUAUAAGGAGGGCUCCCUCACCGAGACGCAGACCAGAUUCUCCGCCUCCUCGUCGUGCAAUCUCUCCUGCUCGUCGACGAGCAGAUUCUCCUCCAUAUCGUCGUGGCGGAUCACCACCUCGCAGGAGGGGACCAUCACCUGCUAGAAGAGGUUCUCCAUCACCUCCUCCACGGAGAUAUAGGUCGCCAGCACGGGUUUCACCACGAAGGGUGCGUGGCAGUCCAAUACGCAAGCGGUCUCCACUUCCUCUGAGGCGUCGGUCACCACCACCAAGAAGAGCAAGAAGCCCACCAAGGCGGUCGCCUCCACCUCGUCGUCGCAGUCGCUCCCCUAUUCGGAGGCUUGGUCGUUCCCGUUCUAGAUCAAUGUCACCUCGCAGGGGACGAGCACCGCCUCGACGUGGGAGAUCAAGUUCAUCUUUCUCUGAUUCACCUAGUCCUCCCCGCAAGGGAGGUCGAAGAGUGUCAAGAAGUCGAACUCCUCCUAGAAGGCCCGGAAGGGGAAGAAACAGCAGUAUCAGUGGCAGCAGCAGCAGCCCUCCUCCUAAACCCUAAUCAUUUCUCGAUGGUAUGUGCUCGUCGACUUGUUUCUUGUUUCAGGUAACUCUCUCUCUCUCUUUUCCUCUUCCUCCCUCUUUCAGUGAUGACCCCCUAGAAGCAUUCUCGCAAGAAAGACGAAGACUAUCCGGAGAUGAUGGACUUGAGAUUUUAUCGAUUUUCUUCACCCAGCUCAUUUUCUAGCUAUAGGUUGUUGUUGAAGGUUUUCAUAGAUACUGUGAAAUUUAUGCUGGUAGAGUUUGGAAGCUUUAUUUCUGGAUGUUCUGUAAUGGACUUGUCUACCUAUGUUUGGAAUAUUCGACGUAGUGCACCUGUAGACCAUGUAAUUUCUCUCUUUUUACUGACUGGAUUCUGAUUAUGGUGUUGCUUUCGAAUCUCAUUGAA